GCUUGAGUGCGUUAAAUUGACUCGAGACUUGCGAGCGACCAGAUGGAAUUCUGCACUGGCUUAAUAAAGGAUUCCACUCAGUUAAAAUUGCUCAGCGUACGUUUGAGCUGAUUUAGCUGCUCAACAUCUGAAACGUAGACUUCUACCGGGGAGGCCAGGCCGCGCUGCGAGGCGGGGGAGACAUUUAAAGACACCGUCUGACUGUGUUCCCGAGCUGCUCGUGUGCGACUUCGUCAUGCCACUGUUUGGCAAAUCCCACAAGAGUCCCACGGACAUCGUCAGGACCUUGAAGGAGAACCUGGCCAUUGUGGUCAAACACGACAAGAAGACAGAAAAGGCAUCUGAUGAGGUUUCCAAGUGCUUGGUGUCCAUGAAGGAGAUCCUGUACGGGAGCAGCGAUAAGGAGCCACACACGGAGACUGUGGCCCAGCUGGCGCAGGAGCUGUACAACAGCGGCCUGCUGAUAUCCCUGGUGCAAAACCUUCAAGUGAUAGACUUUGAGGGGAAGAAGGACGUGUGCCAGAUCUUCAACAACAUCCUGAGGAGGCAGAUCGGGACGAGGAGCCCCACCGUGGAAUACUUCUGCUCCCACCAGGAGGUCCUCUUCAUCCUCCUGAAGGGGUACGAGACUCCGCAGAUCGCGCUGAACUGCGGGAUCAUGUUGAGGGAGUGCAUCCGCCACGAGCCGCUGGCCAAGAUCGUCCUUCACUCCGAGCACUUCCACAGCUUCUUCAACUACGUGGAGAUGUCCACAUUCGACAUCGCCUCCGACGCCUUCGCCACCUUUAAGGAUCUUCUGACGAGACACAAGGUGCUUGUGGCUGAAUUCCUGGAGCAGAACUACGACACGGUGUUUGCGGACUACGAGAAGCUGCUGCACUCCGAGAACUACGUCACCAAGCGGCAGUCUCUGAAGCUUCUGGGCGAGCUGCUCCUGGACAGACAUAACUUCACGGUGAUGACGCGCUACAUCAGCAAGCCGGAGAAUCUGAAGCUGAUGAUGAAUCUGCUCCGAGACAAAAGCGCCAACAUCCAGUUUGAGGCGUUCCACGUCUUCAAGGUGUUCGUGGCGAACCCCAACAAGACGCAGCCCAUCGUCGACAUCCUGCUGAAGAACCAGACCAAACUCAUCGACUUCUUGAGUAACUUCCAGAAGGACCGCUCGGAUGAUGACCAGUUUAACGACGAGAAGACCUACCUAAUCAAACAGAUCAGGGAUCUGAAGAAGCCCGCCUCCUAGAGCGGCGUCCGCCCGCCCACUUUUUCGACCAAUAGGAGACCUAACAUCUUGUUAACAGCGAUGGGUGUUCUAUUCCAGAGACGUUUUUCUUUUGUCGCAGCAGGAGUAGUUCUUAAUCAGCGAGCUUUUCGGAAAAACCUUUUUUACUCUUUAGUUUCAGAACCAGCAGCGAGAAAGCCAACUUUAACCAACCGACGCAUUAGUAAUGCCAGGCCUCAGAUCCAAGUUUUCUCUGCAGGUUCUCCGCCUGAAGGUGGAAAGCUAACCAUCUAAUCGUGCCAUCUGAACCACUCGACUCCCUGUCAGCCAGAAAACCGAGAACCGCUUUGACCUGUGACCAAAAACGAAGCUAAAUAUUGUGAAUUUUUGUUGUUUUUUUCUUUUUGAAGAAUGAUUUAAAUGAAGUCUUCUGUCCUAGUAUGAGCGUCAAACCAUCACCCACUUCUCUUCUAAUAGCACUUUCUGUAUGAUUAAGCCAACAGGAAACCAUGAAAAAAAAAGCUGAUCAGUUUACGUCCCGCUUUGAUUUUUGUUUUUUAAUCUAAAUUUCUCGCCUUGUACAGUUUGCGCUUCGUCGGAAGGAAGGAAGGAAGGAGACGUUUGUGUUUCCGCUCGCCGUAUCAGGUGCUCUCUGAUCUGAAGGAAGCAGUUGGAAAUUCAGACGUGCCUUUGUUGUUGUUGUUUUUUUUUUGGGGGUGUUUUCGUAUCUUUCUAAGGGGAGCUUAAUUAAGAGGUGGGUGAAAAAUAUCCUCUGGACGGAACGAAUCUGCUUUGAUUAAGCUGUGAACCUCAGUAGAUUGGAGCUUCAGGCCGAAGAAGAGCUUGGAAAAUCCAAAAAGAAGUUUGUUUUUCUUCCCCUCUAGAAAUACAGAAAAUAAAAAUAAAAAACACAUUUCAGUUGAUGCAUUUCUUUUGUUUAUUAUUCAAAUAAUAUUAAAUUUUUUCUUUAAGCACCAACAUGAUUUAGAUGCUUUUUAUUUUGGGAUCUGAAGUUGAAAUGAAAUGAAA